AAAAAAAACGAAAAAAAUUAAAAGGAAAGGAAAAUCAAAAAGUGGAAGGAACGCUGUCAGCCAGGAAGAGGGAGGGGGGAGAUACACCUCAGCUUGACUUCAAGUUCCUUGGCCAUCUGAAGCUCUCGACGCUCAAUUUGGAAGCCAUUUUUGUGGUCAGCUUCAAUUUGUACACCAAAAAAUAAAAGUAAAGCCAAACCAAUACGCUUAAAAAACCAACCAAAAAAAGAAAUUAACUAAUAAAUAAUUUGAAAACUAAAACCAAGCAACAAGAAAACGCAAAAUCGAAAUCUAGAACACCAAUUAGUUCAAUUAGCCAAUUUCUAGGAGUAAAAGGAAUAUAAAACACACAAUGUGACCUACAAUAAUUAUAAUUGUAUUAUACACAUUAGACAUACAAAACGAAUUCUAUAUACACACAUAUAUAUAAAGGAUAUAUGAUCUUUAUGAGUCGGAUCAAACACAUGAAUACUUCGUAACAAAACUGAAAGCACCGAAAUCCAAAAAUAUUCAAAUAAUUGAAGAGAGAAAUCGAGUGAGAAGGCGGAAGAACAAGUGAAUUGAAGUAAAGCUACGUGUGUGUGUAUGUAUAUGUGUAUAUAGCAGCGAUUGUACUGUAAAUAUAAUGACAAAGAAAUACGAAUUCGAUUGGAUCAUUCCGGUGCCACCGGAAUUGACCACUGGCUGUGUGUUCGAUCGCUGGUUCGAGAAUGAGAAGGAAACCAAAGAGAAUGACUUUGAACGUGAUGCCCUCUUCAAGGUGGAUGAAUAUGGAUUCUUUCUUUAUUGGAAGAGUGAGGGAAGGGAUGGCGAUGUCAUUGAGCUGUGUCAAGUGAGCGACAUUCGUGCUGGCGGCACACCAAGGGAUCCCAAAAUACUGGAUAAGGUUACAAAAAAGAAUGGCACGAAUAUACCAGAAUUGGAUAAACGUUCAUUGACCAUAUGCUCGAAUACGGAUUAUAUCAAUAUAACAUAUCAUCAUGUUAUUUGUCCAGAUGCGGCUACGGCUAAGAGUUGGCAAAAGAAUUUGCGUCUCAUCACUCAUAACAAUAAAGCCACCAAUGUCUGUCCACGUCUGAAUCUAAUGAAACAUUGGAUGCGUUUAAGCUAUUGCGUGGAGAAGAGUGGUAAAAUUCCAGUUAAAACUUUGGCUAAAACAUUUGCCUCGGGCAAGACGGAAAAGCUGGUCUAUACAUGCAUCAAAGAUGCCGGUUUGCCAGAUGAUAAGAAUGCCACCAUGACAAAGGAGCAAUUCACAUUCGAGAAAUUCUAUGCUUUAUAUCACAAAGUCUGUCCACGUAAUGACAUCGAGGAGCUAUUCACAUCCAUAACCAAGGGCAAACAGGAUUUCAUUAGUCUAGAGCAAUUUAUUCAAUUCAUGAAUGACAAGCAACGUGAUCCCAGAAUGAAUGAAAUUCUAUUUCCACUCUAUGAGGAGAAACGAUGCACGGAGAUUAUCAACGAUUAUGAACUAGAUGAGGAGAAGAAGAAGAAUGUUCAACUCUCUUUGGAUGGCUUUAAGCGAUAUCUAAUGUCCGAUGAGAACGCUCCCGUGUUUCUGGAUCGCCUGGACUUCUAUAUGGAAAUGGAUCAACCAUUGGCCCAUUACUAUAUAAAUAGUUCGCAUAAUACUUAUCUAUCGGGUCGCCAAAUCGGAGGUAAAAGCUCGGUGGAAAUGUAUCGCCAGACCCUGUUGGCCGGCUGCCGUUGUGUGGAGCUUGAUUGUUGGAAUGGCAAGGGCGAGGAUGAGGAGCCAAUUGUUACUCACGGCCAUGCCUACUGUACAGAAAUUCUCUUCAAGGACUGCAUUCAAGCCAUAGCGGAUUGCGCUUUUGUUUCAUCGGAAUAUCCCGUGAUUUUGUCCUUUGAGAAUCAUUGCAAUCGUGCCCAGCAAUAUAAACUAGCUAAAUACUGUGAUGACUUCUUUGGUGAUCUAUUGCUGAAGGAACCAUUGCCAGAUCAUGUGCUGGAGCCGGGCUUGCCCCUGCCACCGCCGUGCAAGCUGAAGCGCAAGAUUCUCAUUAAGAACAAGCGCAUGAAGCCCGAAGUGGAGAAGGUCGAACUGGAGCUAUGGCUUAAGGGUGAAUUGAAGACCGAUGACGAUCCGGAAGAGGACGCCAGUGCCGGCAAGCCGCCAGAAGCAGCUGCUGCCCCAGCGCCAGCAGCACCCGAAGCCGCUGCUGCCGAUGCUGCCGCUGAAGGUGGCGGCGGCGCCGAAGCGGAGGCAGCUGCAGCCAAUUACAGUGGUUCCACCACCAAUGUACAUCCCUGGCUCUCAUCGAUGGUCAAUUAUGCUCAGCCCAUUAAAUUCCAGGGCUUCGACAAGGCAAUUGAGAAGAACAUUGCCCAUAAUAUGUCAUCGUUUGCGGAAUCGGCUGGCAUGAAUUACCUGAAACAGAGCUCAAUUGAUUUUGUCAAUUAUAAUAAGCGUCAGAUGUCUCGCAUCUAUCCGAAGGGCACGCGAGCCGAUUCGUCCAACUAUAUGCCACAGGUAUUCUGGAAUGCCGGCUGUCAGAUGGUCUCACUGAAUUUCCAAACCUCCGAUCUGCCCAUGCAACUGAACCAGGGUAAAUUUGAAUAUAAUGGCGGCUGUGGCUACUUGCUAAAGCCGGACUUUAUGCGGCGUGCCGAUAAGGACUUCGAUCCGUUUGCCGAUGCCCCCGUGGACGGUGUGAUUGCUGCUCAAUGUUCGGUUAAAGUGAUUGCCGGUCAAUUUUUGUCGGACAAGAAGGUUGGCACCUAUGUGGAGGUGGAUAUGUUUGGCUUGCCCUCCGAUACGGUUAAAAAGGAGUUUCGUACACGUCUGGUCCCCAACAAUGGACUGAAUCCUGUUUACAACGAGGAUCCAUUUGUUUUCCGCAAAGUUGUUCUACCAGAUUUGGCAGUGCUGCGCUUCGGCGUCUAUGAGGAGAGCGGCAAGAUGAUCGGCCAGCGUAUUCUACCGCUGGAUGGUCUCCAGGCUGGCUAUCGGCAUGUCUCGCUGCGCACGGAGGCCAACUUCCCAAUGUCGCUGCCCAUGCUGUUUGUGAACAUCGAAUUAAAGAUUUAUGUACCUGAUGGCUUUGAGGAUUUCAUGGCCAUGCUGUCAGAUCCACGCGGUUUUGCCGGUGCGGCCAAGCAGCAGAACGAACAGAUGAAGGCUCUUGGAAUUGAGGAGCAAAGCGGCGGUGCCGCUCGUGAUGCCGGCAAGGCCAAGGAGGAGGAGAAAAAAGAGCCGCCAUUGGUCUUUGAGCCAGUGACGCUGGAAUCUUUGCGUCAAGAGAAGGGCUUCCAGAAGGUCGGCAAGAAGCAGAUCAAGGAGCUCGACACCCUACGCAAAAAGCAUGCCAAGGAGCGCACCUCAGUGCAAAAGACCCAAAAUGCCGCCAUCGAUAAGCUAAUUAAGGGCAAGAGCAAAGAUGACAUACGCAACGAUGCCAACAUCAAGAAUGCCAUCAAUGAUCAGACCAAACAGUGGACCGACAUGAUUGCACGCCACCGCAAAGAGGAAUGGGAUAUGCUGCGACAGCAUGUCCAGGACUCUCAGGAUGCCAUGAAGGCUCUUAUGCUAACAGUGCAAGCAGCCCAAAUCAAGCAGCUAGAAGAUCGUCAUGCCAGAGAUCUAAAAGAUUUAAAUACCAAGCAGGCCAAAACAUCUGCAGAUACCGCCAAGGAGGUGCAGAAUGACAAGACGCUAAAGACCAAAAAUGAAAAGGAUCGUCGUUUGCGUGAGAAACGUCAGAAUAAUGUCAAGCGUUUCAUGGAGGAGAAAAAGCAAAUCGGCGUUAAACAGGGACGCGCCAUGGAGAAAUUAAAAUUGGCUCAUGCCAAACAAGUGGAGGAGUUUAGUACCGAUGUGCAAAAGCUUAUGGAUAUGUACAAAAUCGAGGAGGAGGCCUACAAGACCCAAGGAAAAACUGAGUUUUAUGCCUAAGAGAAAGAAAGAAAAUUUGCAUGAUUCAAAAAAAAAAAACCAAGUAUAUGAAGUCAAAAAUCGCAAGCGAUAUAUAGUUCUUUAUAUAUUUACAUACACAUACACACACACACACAUUCAUUGAUUAACUU